AUGCCGACAAAUAAACUAAAGAGUGAGUCCGAUCACGACCCAUUGGAGGGCGGCAGCUAUAUCGUAGACGUGACGGUCAAAUCAGAGAUUAAAGAGGAAGAUGACGACGAUGGUUACAAUACUAUGGCGCUGCUAGAGCUAGCCCAGUGUGUCCAAACCAACCAUGAUCCAAUCGAGUUCAACACAACGGAGGCCACUGUUAAUCCCAAAACGGGUCUAAUGGUGUGUCUGCACUGCUUCGAGGAUGUGGACAGCAACCUUCUAUCAGAUCAUAUGGUCAACGCGCACAACUACAGAAGGAUAUUGUUUAAAUGUCACAUCUGUGAUCAAACAUUCCAGGAGCGCAGGGUGCUCCUGGUGCACCGGCAGGAGUGCCGGCCGCCGCCCAAGAAGCCGAAGCGUCGCACCUUCCAGCAGAUAAUGCGCGAGGUGGAGGGCGGCCAGGACGUGGACGCGCGCGAGCCCACCACCUGCCCCAUCUGCGUGCUCGAGGUGGCCAGGUGCUCGCUCAAGCACCACCUGCUCACGGAGCACAGCAACCCGGACACGGUGCUGACCUGCGCCAAGUGCAACAAGAAGUUCAAGUCGCGGCUGACGCUGAGGGAGCAUGUGAGGCUGGUCCACGAGGCCGUCGAGGACUCUGUGGAGUGCGAGCUCUGUGGCCAGAAGUUCCGCUCCUACAAGUACCUCUCCAACCACAAGAGGAACGUCCAUCCACCGGGCGACCAGGUGCACCAGUGCGCCACCUGCGGCAAGCGGUUCAAGAGCCGCCUCUGCCUCCACCAGCACAGCAAGUACGUGCACCCGCCGGAGAGCGCCUCCGUGGAGUGCAUCCAGUGUCUGAAGAUCUUCAAGUCGCGGAUCAACCUGCAGCAGCACCUGAAGGUGGCCCACAAGCGGACCCCCCCACCGCACCCCGACGACCUCUACCAA